CUCUUUUCCUAUUCUCCGAGCUCUGUCGUUUUUCAACUUGCUUUUAUUUUUUGCACUCUUAGUGCCUUUACUCUUUUGAAGCAUGGGCAGCCGCUUAUUCUUUUCAGGACUCGCAAUGCCAUUAGGCAGCAGACACACACAGAGCUCGCGCAUUCAUGUACUGGGAGCAGGUGCAGUGGGGCUGCUCUUUGCGGCACACCUUCGGCGAGCUGGGCACCCGAUCACCUUGCUUCUGCGGUCGCAGGAGUCGGUGAAUCGGUUUGCUGAGGCAGGCAGCCGGAUUGGAAUCUACAAUGACUGGAUGAAAACACACCCAACACGCAAGCUGCUUUACAAUGAAGACGGGCAGGUUGCGCCAUGGGUUGCCGAGGACUGCCAGGCCGAGACCACCGACACAGAGUCGCCUAUAAAGCAGCUGGUGGUGACAACCAAGGCACAGGACACGCUGGAGGCAUUUGAGUCUGUAAAAGAUAGGCUGGAUGCGGAGUCGACAGUAGUUCUGCUGCAGAAUGGCAUGGGCACAUACGAGGCAAUUCAUAAGGAGUGCUACUCAUCACAUAGCCAGAAGAGUGCUGACAAAGUGCCAGCGUUUGUAGUCGGCACAAACGCGCACGGCUGCUUGCGCACCGACGCGCGAUUUGAAAUGCACCACACAGCCAUGUCCCAUUGUUCCUUUGCUGUGCGCCCCUCGCUCGCCAACCCGCCACCGCCAUUGCCUGUCUCGGCGCUCGAUAUGCUUACCGCCCUGGGGGCGCUGCCAUUGAAUGUCAGCGUCAUCAACUGGUCUGAGCUGCAUCUGCAGCUGCUGCUGAAGCUGGCUGCUAAUGCUAUAAUCAAUCCCGUCACAGCGCUUACUGACAGUCGUAAUGGCUACUUGGCGCCGCCGCCAGAAGGCACGCCCGAGUGCAGAGAGGUGGCGGGCACGCAGGAGAUGAGGGGCCUCCUUGGUACAGCGUGCCAGGAGAUCGCAUCGAUCUAUGCGCGUGCACACCCGCAUCUGCAUGACCAGCUGACGGGCCCGAGCAUUGAAGAGUACGUUGUGCAUGUGGCCAGCGUGACCGCGCGCAACCGCUCAUCGAUGCUGCAAGAUGUCAGCGCUGGGCGCCAGACUGAGGUUGAUUGGAUUAACGGCUAUCUGGUGCGUCUUGGCCAGCAGCACGGCGUGUCGACGCCAAUCAACUCCCUACUGUACACACUGAUCAAGCUCAAGGAAGCGGCCCAGAGCCACACGUUCUUUAGCAACUGAUAUGACAUAAUUUUUAUACAGGUGGUGAAAGACGUUAAUUUGACAAAC